UGCAUGUUGCCAACCGCAUCCUGCAUCCACCAGUGUUGACAUUUUUUUUAGUAAUUUUCACAUUUUUAUUUAGGUGGAAAUAUGCAAAACAUUUGUUUUUGACGCAUUUUCCGUUUGUGUUUUUCUCUAAUUAUAACAAGGGGCCAGUAAACACCCAUUAUGGAAGACAACCUGUAUGACGAGCUCCUGGUGGAGCUGGAGUGCCCCAUUUGCACCAACUACAUGUCGCCCCCUAUCCGACAGUGCGCGACGGGGCACAGCGUGUGCGACGCCUGUCGCAACAAACUCCCUAAGUGUGCCUUGUGCCAGGGGGCCUUCACCGAAUGCCGCAAUCAUUCCCUGGAGGCUCUAGCAGUGAAGAUGCGCUACCCUUGCAUCAACAAAGUCUCAGGAUGCAACGCCAAACUCUCGUACACGGAACGCGAGACCCACGAGCUGCGGUGCCCCCUUAAGGGCUUCAAAUGCGCCAUGGAGAAGUGCACCUGGGUGGGCAGGCUGGAGGAGCUGGCGGCCCAUUGGGCCUCAAAGAAAAUGUCCAGCAAGCCCUACCACAAGAGCAACGUUUGCCACACCAAAAUGAAAUCAGAGUCGUACUACGUCAACAUGGUCAAUGCUUACGAUAGGCUGUUCUGGUUCAAGUGUAAGCUGACCAAGAAUAAGUUGUACUGGGCUGUGCAGUACAUUGGGAACGCGGCAGAAGCUGAGGGUUUUUACUACGAAAUUGAGAUUUUUAAGCCCGGGAGGACCAAGAAAAGAGUUCUUUUGAGCGAUUAUUGUCAGAGUAUUGAGCUUGAAAAUAGUCAGUUGUUUGGUGAUGAUUCUUGCAUCUGUAUCAAUACUGAUGCUGUCAAUGGGUUUGUGAGUAGCGACCAGCUUUUAAUUUACUACCUGAGGGUGAAUGCUAUUAAGGAUGAAAAAUCAGAACAAGCCCACGGACAAGUCACAGAUGUUGCGUAUAAAACGGACCACGGAGCCAGACAAAGAGACAGGUCCAAGGGACCACCAAAUCUUGCCAAGAAAGAUUACAAAAAGAAAUACAACCAACAUCACAAUAGCAAACAAAAUAAGCAGAAGGAAGGGUUCGUCUUACUUUAAGUUUUACAAGAAUGUAAUUCCACUUUACGUUGCAUUUAUCAAAUGUUACCUCGUUACUAAUUGAGUACAGGUUUACAAAGCAAAA